CGCUCUUUCAGAUGAGAUGUGAAACCAAUUUAACAGACGUGCUUUUCACAAUGGUAAUUGUGUGAACCUGAAUUUUCUGGUCCAACUGAAUCUUGAGUAAUUGCCUAAAUCCACCUGCAGCUUCAGUUGGCUACAGUAUUCCCUUUGCUUCCUGCCCCCAACAUAUUUGGUCCCCAUUUACUAGACAGAUUCACUAAAGGGAGACCUGUCCACAACCAGUGAAGAUCCCAUCCCCCAGGGUCAACUGAUUAUAGGCACUUUCUGUCCCUGACUGAGACUCCUUAUCCUGUCUCCUUCACUUCCUGUCCCAGUGCUGCACACUCUUAAAACAGCUGCAGGCAGCUGUGAAGUGACUCAUAGUUUUGUGCAUAUGUAGUUCAUAAAGAGCUUGAGGAUGAAAGGCGUAACAGGGUAUUAUGGGAAUUACCUGGAGCAUUGUCAUACUGAAGCUGACACUGAUCAAUGUUAGGUUCCCCAAGCUUCCUUACAAACCUCUCAGCUGACAAGUAAGAUCUCCGCCUGAUCCUGCCUGGUUGCCAUUGUUAAGUCUUUCUAGCCUCGAGAGGGCCGGAGCUGCGUGCUAUACAGAGGUUUGGGGAGCGGGGGAACAAUCUGAGAGGUAUUUGCCAUUGCCAAGACAGAGCCAGACAUGCAAAGUGGAGCUGAGUAUGGGAAAUUAUGGGCCCUUCCCCAGGGGCUGAUAAGGUUUUGAGGACUCUCCCAUGGAUUUCACAUGAGGUUCUUUGCAUAUUUUCUUGCUGCUGCUAAGCAGAGCAAUACAGAAAACAAAGCAAAUAGUUUGGGCUUAUUAUCCUCCGAGGAUGGCUUCCUUUCCAAAGGGUGCCAGGGUAAAAGAGGGCACUGUUUUGAAAAGGGCAGGGCUGAACCACUCACAGAUAACAGCAAAAUGCUUUUGCCUUUCCUUUCCUCUGGGCCAAGACCCUCUGCCACUCACCCGUCAUCAUCAGGCCUGCCACAUUUGGAGCGUUACCACAACCAGUGUCAUCCUGCAUCCCUUGGAACAGUUGCUUGGUGAAACCUCAGCUGUUCCAGCAAGACGGUGGCAGGGAGGAGUCCUGGGGAUUAGCUUUCCCCUUAUCUUGCAGAGCCAAGUGGGGAACCAGCAGAGAGCUCAGCUGUGUACUUGCAAAUGCUCCUGCACCACUUGCCCUCUUACUACACUCUUCCCUUGUGCCAGAGGCCAGCAGGCAGCAAUCUGCAAAGAGCUGAAGAUGAUCUGCUGGAUCCUCUUCCUUUUCCUGCUGGGCUUUCUGCCCAUUGUGACGCCCACCUGCCCCUCGUUCUGCCAGUGCAGCGCCAACAUCAUCAACUGCAUGUCUAGAGAGCUGACUGAAAGUAGCCUCCCCGCGUCCUUCAGCCCCUCAACUCAGAUCAUCUUCCUCAACAACAACCAGCUCACCAGCAUCCCCAACGGGCUCCUGGACAACCUGCAGAGCCUCCAAGUGGCCUACCUGUGGGGGAACCCCUGGGAAUGCGACUGUGACAUCCUUUACCUGCGCUCGUGGCUCCAGUGGCAGCAGAAUCGGACCCUGUAUAGGAACGUGGUGUGUGCCUCCCCGGAACACCUGCAGGGCAGGAUCAUCGCGUACCUGUCAGAGGAUGAGCUCAUCUCUACCUGCCAGUACUGGUACUGCAGCAUCGCGCUCAUCUCCCAGAUCUGCCUCUUCCUCUUCAUCUUCCUCCAGGCUGUCCUGCUCCUCUUCAUCAUCUUGUUCCUGCAUAGAUUCCAGAGGAUCGCCAAUGUAGCCAGGCAGACCACCAAGGAGAUACACCAGCAUGUAGAUACCUGGGCUCCCCUUUCAGAGAAUGCUCAUGACAUUGAUUAACGUCACCAGGGCUUUCAGUCCUCAUGCUUCAGGGCAUAAGCUGAUCAGUGGGGCCAGGAAGGACAUCCUUCCUCCUGGGAUUGUAGUGUUGCGUGGACCAUUUGGUGCAUUAUGCUGAGAACCAGCCUUUCUCUGAAGCAUCAGGAAUAGGCCACUGUCUAAAGCAGGACAUAGGCUUGGCCUAUUGCUCUGUUGCAGUGCAGCUAAUCCCGGGAUGUUAUAAUUCUUCACUCUUCCAAAGGGAUAGAAACAGGAUUGGGACAAUCUGUUCUUUUAUCAGACCUGUGCAAACUUGGUUGCUUUGCUGAAGUGAAAACUGUUACUGGUCUGAUCUCAUUAGAGAUUUAGUGAUGCUCUGUGCAGAAUCACGUGCUCCAAGAACCAUAAGGAACUAACUUAAAACUGGCAAGAGCCAGGGCAGUCUGAGCUAAUGCUGCUGCUAUGUGCUUCAUGCUCAUUUGAUCCCCAGGGCUCCUCACACUAAAACACUGGGGGCUGAGCUUAGAAAGUCCCUGAUUCUGCUGGUUUGUUGCAAUGUGGGCAGAAUCCCGCAGGCUGGCCCCGGGGCUAAGUAACUGGAGUAGGACACAGGAGAGAUGGGUUCGAUUUCCCAGCUCUGCCUCGGAUUUCCUGUGUCACCCUGGGCAAGUCAAUCAGUCUCACUGUGCCACAGUAAAAUUGGGAUAAUGUUGCUCCCUGCUGGCCACACUUUGCCUUGUCUGUUUAGGAUGGGGCUGUUCAAAAGCCACAGUGUUGCCUCAAUUCUGUUCCCUGCUAAAUGAAGGCGGGAGCCCAGUUAGGCCAAUGCCAAGCGCUUCUGAAAGCCUCGCCUCUUUAGGGCAGCGGUUGUUUCUUCCUAUGUGUCUGCAUGCUGCCCAGAGGAAUGGGGGCCUCUAGGGGUCAGUGAGAUAGCAAGAAAUACAUAAUGCAGCUUUAGCUAUUUAUAACAGUCCUUUCAUUUCUGUAACAAAACCGUAUUAAAAAAUGAUGAUGCAAA